UUUUUUUUUUUGUUCUCUCUCCCAGCUCUUCUGUCGGGAAACUGGUGUCUCUUCCCUUGCUGUUCCUCAGCCCCCUCUCUCCCCCUUGCUUUCUCACCUUCUCUGGGACCACUCACCCAAAGACCUCCCUUCUCCCCUGCCGGCCCAAUUAUGGCAGAGAAUGAUGUGGACAAUGAGCUCUUGGACUAUGAAGACGACGAGGUGGAGACAGCAGCAGGUGGAGAUGGGACGGAAGCUCCUGCCAAGAAAGACGUGAAGGGCUCCUACGUCUCCAUCCACAGCUCCGGCUUUCGAGACUUCCUGCUCAAGCCAGAGUUGCUCCGGGCCAUCGUGGACUGUGGCUUUGAGCAUCCAUCAGAGGUCCAGCAUGAAUGCAUCCCUCAGGCCAUUCUGGGGAUGGAUGUCCUGUGCCAGGCCAAGUCAGGCAUGGGGAAGACAGUAGUGUUUGUCCUGGCCACACUGCAGCAGCUGGAGCCAAUCACUGGGCAGGUGUCUGUGCUGGUGAUGUGUCACACUAGGGAGUUGGCUUUUCAGAUCAGCAAGGAAUACGAGCGCUUCUCAAAGUACAUGCCGAAUGUCAAGGUGGCAGUGUUUUUUGGCGGUCUGUCUAUCAAGAAGGAUGAAGAGGUGCUGAAGAAGAACUGCCCACACAUCGUGGUGGGGACUCCUGGCCGAAUUCUAGCCCUGGCUCGAAAUAAGAGCCUGAACCUCAAGCACAUUAAACACUUUAUCUUGGACGAAUGUGACAAGAUGCUUGAACAGCUCGGUGAGUGGCAGUGCUCCGCCUGGGCUCAGGUGCUUUGGGGAGCUGCCCCUUGGAGCCAAAUGAUGUUUGUUUGACACAGGAGCACUUGCGUGCAAGGACGACUCGUGACCUAUCACCCAUGACUGAUGGCUCUGGACAGCAGUGGUUCCACCUUUCUAAUGACAUAACCCUCCUAGGGUUGUGCUGACCCCAACCA